AUGAAGUUGCUCCUUCUUCUAGCAAGCUUGGGGCUUCAAUUGGCAUCCACCCACGCCCAUGUCCACAACACGACCUACAACAACCCUAUUCUUCCCGGCUGGCAUUCUGAUCCUAGCUGCACGCUUGUACCAGAAUGGAAUAACACCUUCUUCUGCACCACCUCUUCUUUCCUUGCCUUUCCAGGCUGCCCCGUGUUUGCAAGCACAGACCUGGUCCACUGGGAUCUCAUCAGCAAUGCCCUCAACCGGCCAGCACAGCUUCCCCAGAUUCAGACCUCCACCAAUGCACAGAUGCUAGGAAUCUUUGCUUCUACGCUCCGCUAUCGUAAUGGUACUUUCUACCUGAUCACUGCGUGGUUGGACACGGACAAUAAGGGUGUGGAGAUUGUGCUGUUCACGACCACAAACCCAUACGAUGAUAAUGCCUGGACGAACGCAUUCCAGAUUCAGAAUCCUCUCGGCGCCAUUGAUCCAGAUCUCUUCUGGGAUGAUGAUGGCAGCGUGAUCAUGGCGAUCUCCGGGUCGCCCAUCAAAGCAUCCUACAUUGACUUGACUACCGGGAACGCGAGCGAGCCCUUUGAUCUGUGGAAUGGCACUGGUUAUAACAAUCAAGAGGGCCCUCAUCUAUACAAGAAAGAUGGUUACUAUUAUCUCCUCAUUGCUGAAGGAGGUACGGAACUACACCAUUCUUCCACCAUUGCCCGAUCGGAGAGUAUCAAAGGCCCCUGGGGGAGUUCGCCGCAUAACCCCCUGGUCUCGGCCAGAUACACGGAUCGAUACUUCCAGACAGUGGGACAUUCGGACCUUUUCCAGGAUGCAGCGGGCAAUUGGUGGGGCGUCGCGCUGGCGACUCGAGCCGGACCCGCGCUGUAUAAUGAGAGUAUCUAUCCCAUGGGUCGAGAGACGGUGCUUUACCCAGUGAGUUGGCCAACGGGGGAUUGGCCACUGGCUGAUCAAGUCAUGGGUGAGAUGAGUGGUCCUCUGCCGCCGAAAACUUCCAAGGUCUCUUCCGGGCCAACCUUCAAGGGAGAGCCGGAUGUCGUGGACUUUACGCCGGGUUCCUCGUUCCCUAAGCACUGGGUCUUCUGGCGGGCGCCAGCCAAGCCGGAGUCGUUUACGAUAUCUCCACCGGGUCAUCCUAAUACUCUGAGGUUGACUGCUAGCAGAGCCAAUCUGACUGGAGAUGCGUCCUUCAAAGCUCCGGAUGGCUUGACUCUUCUAGCCCGCCGCCAGACGAACACACUGUUUGAGUUCUCCGUGGAUGUUCAUCCUGGUUUCUAUAAGUCUCAGGGAGACGAAAUCGGUGUCACUGCAUUCUUACAUCAGGAUCACCAUAUCGACCUGGGAAUUGUCUUCAUGAAAGAAUCGUCAUAUUCUAAAGGAGGCUUGACGUUCCGCUGCCGAGCCACCGACUCAGAUGCCACCGGUUCCAUCCUUCCUUCUCCUGUGGUGACGCCUGUUCCCUCGUCGUGGCUUUCAGAACCCAUUCGUCUGUCUAUCCGGGCCGAGAAUAGUACUCAUUAUCAACUCUCAGCAGCAGCUGCCGCUCGACCUCACCAGUCCAAGCUCCUGGCGACCUUCACGGCUGCACUCAUCAGCGGCCCUGAUGUUUUCACUGGUACUCUACUUGGUGUUUACGCGACCACCAAUGGUGGGAACCAGUCCAUGGAAGGGUAUGUCAGUAGAUGGAGAUAUACUCCCGUCGCCCAGCAGAUCGAUUAUGACAAUUUUGUACGGAGCUAG